AUGCAAACCAACACCAACAUGGAGGUGCCUACGCUAAAGAUCCCUGGGGAAAACACACAAGCGCAGACUGCGGCUGCACCACAACAGCUGCAAUUUACUGGACAUUUACAAAAGAAACAGGCGCCUGAAGGUUCUGCCGAGUGGUAUUUUGAUCAAGGAUGCGAAUGGAUGGGCCAACAUCCAUGGCUCACCGGUAUGGGCUGUUUUGGACUCGCGUACUUUGCUUCUGGGUUCUUCAAGUCCAACCAGCCGGGUAUUGGAGGAAAAGCAUUCAUCAAGGGACCUUUUGGCCAGAAAAUGUCUGCUAAGGAAGCUUUGCAGAUUUUGAACUUGAAAGAGUCCACCUUGUCUAAGGCCAAGUUGAAAGAGCAACACAGAAAGUUGAUGAUGGCUAAUCACCCAGAUAAGGGAGGUUCGUCGUUUUUGGCCACCAAGGUGAACGAGGCGAAGGACUUUUUGGAAAAGCGUGGCGGAAUGAAGACCAAAUAG